GUAUUUCCCUCCACCCUCAGCAUGACUGGAAUACUGCACAGGCUUAUGUUUCUAUUUGCGACACGGACUGAUUUACGGAUAAACAGAGCGGAAGAGCGUGAUUCUGUGAAAUGACGCGCUCCGGUUGACGGCAGGUUUGCACGAGCAAAAUCCGGUGUAGUGCAGGAAUCAGUGUGGUCUGUCAGACCGGUUCUUCUUUACCUAGUCGCUAAUAGAACAGCUAAAUAGCAUGACAUAGACUCGUUUAAUGUGCGUUUAAACGUGAGACUGGAGCGAUGACUUCAUCAGGCUCUACGAUGAAUCCAUUGGGAGAGGGAUGCACACAUUGCAGCCAGACAAGAACACACACACUUCACCACGGGACAGAAUGGCGCUGAGACUCAAAAGUCCUGCUUCGGACAUCCUUCCCACGGGCCAUCUGGACCUAAGCACAACUUCAGUCGCCAGCUACUUCCACACCACCAACACGAGUUACUGCACAAGCCCUGCCUCAGACUACCAGGAAAAGAACCGUCUGCUCGACAUUCGGAAACGGCCCAGCUCCUCCAGACGCCGGUUCGAGGUGGUCACCGAACUGGGACCGGAGGAAGUCAGGUGGUUUUACAAAGAGGACAAAAAGACAUGGAAGCCCUUCAUGGGACACGACUCUCUCAGGAUAGAAAUCAUGUAUCGCAUCUUCAAAGAGCGAAACCCGGAAAGGGUUUUAAACCGUGGUGGAGAGGAGCUUCUCGAAGAUGAUGGUCUGGAUGGAGGAGACCCGUCGCUGGAGACGCGUGGUGGAGACGAGAGACGUGACAGUGUGGACGUCAGUGUCGAAGCAGUGUGUGUGAGAGGAGGACUCUAUGAAGUGGAUGUGAGGAAUAAAGAGUGCUAUCCGGUGUACUGGAAUCAACAGGAUUGCAUCCCUGUCAUGAGAGGCCAGUGGUUCAUUGAUGGCACAUGGACGCCUGUAGAGGAGGACGAGAGCGAACUCAUAGAGAAGGAGCACCUGACAUGUUUCCGAGGACAACAGGUACAGGACGCUUUUGAGACUGACACGCUGGCCCAUACUGUGGACAGAAAAGAUGUUCUUUCCCACUUCCCCCCAUUCUACCUCCCCUUUCUAUUCAAAUGGAGCGGAUAUCAGACGAGUGCUAAAUGUCACAAGCGAAAGCGAUGUCAAGCCAUCCACAGUCUGCAGUUGAGCCGCAGUCAUGUCGACUGGUACAGCGACGACGAGGUGUAUCUGUACAGCGACGCCACCACGUCUAAGAUCGCUCGCACCGUCACACAGAAGCUGGGUUUCUCUAAAGCCUCCAGCAGUGGCACCAGACUGCACCGCGGGUAUGUGGAAGAGGCCUCGCUGGACGAUAAACCCCCUCACACCACACACAUUGUGUUCGUGGUUCAUGGCAUUGGACAGAAGAUGGACAAGGAUCGCAUCAUCAAGAACACGGGCAUGCUGCGGGAAGCGGUGAGGAAGAUGGAGGAGAAGCACUUCGCUGAGCAAACAGAGGAACAUGUGGAGUUCCUGCCGGUCGAGUGGCGCUCGAAGCUGGCUUUGGACGGCGACACAGUGGAGUCGAUCACACCAGAUAAAGUGAGAGGCCUGAGAGAUUUACUCAACAGCAGCGCCAUGGACAUCAUGUACUACACCAGCCCUCUCUACAGAGACGAGAUCACUAAAGGUUUGACGCAGGAGCUCAACCGCCUGUAUUCUCUCUUCUGCUCACGAAACCCUGAAUUUGAGAGGAAAGGCGGCAAAGUGUCCAUCAUCUCCCACUCGCUGGGCUGCGUGAUCACCUUCGACAUCAUGACGGGCUGGGAUCCGGUGCGCUUCUGUCUGCAGGAGCAUCACGAGCAGCUGCAGGGGGAAGAGUCGCACUGGACGAGUUACGAAGAGCGCCUCCUGCUGGAGGAAGUGCAGCUCACCAGGCAAAGGUUACGAGAACUGCAAGAUCAGCUUCAGGGCCUGAAGGCAUCGAAACCUGCACCCUUCCCUACGCUAAAGUUUAAGGUGGAGAACUUCUUCUGCAUGGGCUCUCCUCUGGCCGUGUUCCUGGCGCUGAGAGGGAUUCGGCCCGGGAACACCGGCGACCAGGACCACAUCAUGCCCAAGUCCAUCUGCCAGCGCCUCUUCAACAUCUUCCACCCGACAGACCCUGUGGCCUAUCGACUGGAGCCUCUUGUUUUAAAGCACUAUAGCAACAUCGCUCCUGUCCAAAUACACUGGUGUAACACCAUCAACUCCAGUCCAUAUGAUGAGAUCAGACCCACAUAUAUAAACGUCAGUAACGACACAGAGAACAGUCCCAGCACCUCACCUGUCCUGGCCAGUCGACACUACGGCGAGUCCAUCACCAACCUGGGCAAGGCCAGCAUACUGGGAGCUGCGAGCAUCGGCAAGGGCAUCGGCGGGAUCCUCUUCUCCCGCUUCUCUCGCUCGCCCAGCCUGCCGUCAGCCGGGGAUUCUGGGAUGUGUGACAGUGAGGACAGCCAAAGCACUUUUUCAUUUUCAGCCAUAUCUCCAUCCUCCUCUUUAUUCGACGCAGCAGUUGAGAUGGAGCAUCGCAUGGACUACGAGCUUCGGGAGGGUCUGGUGGAGAGCCGCUACUGGUCAGCUGUGACCUCACACACGGCCUACUGGACGUCCCAUGAUGUGGCCCUGUUCCUCCUGACCUUCAUAUACAGGCCCCAGACCAGCUCAGACCCGGCAGAACACACACACAGUAAAGACUGACCCAUCCGGUCCCUCUCGAACACUUUAAACAACACUUGGUGCCUCUGAGUUUCUUCCCGAAGCCUUUCCCGUACGGACACAGGCUGGACUAUGCAAACAUGCAGCGCUCAAUCGCGUUAUUAAGAAACUGUCAUAUUUUUUUACAUAAUGUAAGUCCAAAGAACGGAGAGUGUAUGCAGUACAUGGGUCAAAUCAAUGUCUAUUUAGUCAGCGGUACAUCAUAACUCCCGGCACUUAUUUAAAUGUCUACGUUUUACAGAUAUUUUUGUUUUGACUUGAGAAAUCAAUAUCUGUUA